GUUUUAAGUUUCAUGAUGUAAAAUAAAAUUAAAAUCGAGAUCUAAAAAAUAAAGUUGAACGAACAUAAUUUUAAAGAUUAAGUAACGACUUUCGAUUUACGAGGAUUAAAGUGUGAUUAAAAUUAGCCUCUGGCUUUGAGAACUUACUUUCACGUGACUCUGAGCUUUUGGAUCCGACACCUGCUCCUCUUAGUUCAUAGAUGCUUUUGUGACCUUUCUGUUCCCCCUCCCUCUCUUAUUCUCCAUGACUUCUCUGUAAAUUACAGACCAGAGAGAGGCAGCUACGCUCUGUUUCUUAACUUUCUUCUACAAUGCUCAAGAAAUGGCAGCUCCUUUUACUUCUUCUCUCACUCUGCACCUCCACACUUACUUCCUCUAGGCCUCCCCUCGCUCAUCCAUCUCUCCCACCCGACGCUCUCGCGCUCGUCGCCUUCAAAUCCAAAGCGGAUUUACAUGACGCCCUCCCCUUCUCUUCCAACGCCACCGCCGUCCAGUCCUUCUGCCGCUGGACCGGUGUCCAAUGCGCCGCCCGGUACAAAAUAGUUCGCCUCGUAAUCAAGUCCCAGAACCUCGGCGGCAUUUUCGCGCCUGACACCCUGACUCGGUUGGAGCAACUCAAAGUCCUGAGUCUGCAGAACAACUCGCUUACCGGACCGGUUCCUGACCUGGCUGGAUUCACUAACCUCAAAACCCUCUUCCUCGACCACAACUCCUUCGCGGGUUCCUUCCCGCCGUCGCUCUCCUCCCUCCAUCUCCUCCGAACCGUCGAUUUCUCGUACAACAACCUCACCGGAUCAUUACCGACAUUUCUAAUCACCGAUCUGGACCGGCUGUACUACCUUCGUCUCGAAUGGAACCGGUUCACUGGACCGGUCCCGGCGCUAAACCAGUCCAACCUCCAGACAUUCAAUGUCUCCGGAAACAACCUCACUGGUGCAAUCCCUGUUACUCCAACUCUGCUCCGGUUCGGUGCAUCCUCCUUCUCUUGGAACCCAUUCCUCUGCGGCGAGAUUGUGAACAAAGAAUGCAACGAUACAACGUUUUUUGGUACUACUCAAGCCCACGGAGCCCCUCCGCCCGCUCGGGCGCUCGGGCAGAGCAGUGCAGAAGAUUGCCAGGGCGUUGAGUUGACUCAGCCUAGUCACAAAAAACACAGAAGAACUGCCGUCAUUAUUGGUUUUUCCUCCGGCGUCUUCUUCCUGAUCUGCUCCCUCCUCUGUUUCGCAAUGGCGGUGAAGAAACAGAGGACAUCCAAAACCCGAAAAGAGGUUAAUUCGGCGGGACCAACCGCGACGGAGGAAACAGCGGCGGCGGUCGUGGAAAUUGAGGAGGAGCUGGAGCAGAAGGUGAAGAAGGCGCAGGGGAUUCAAGUGGUGAAGAGCGGGAGCCUAAUGUUCUGCGCUGGCGAGCCGCAGCUGUACUCGCUGGACCAGCUGAUGCGGGCUUCGGCGGAGCUGCUGGGGAAGGGGACGAUCGGGACGACGUACAAGGCGGUGCUGGACAUCCGCCUGAUCGCGAGCGUGAAGAGGCUCGAUGCCGGGAAGCUGGGUGGGACUAGCAGAGAGGUGUUCGAGCGGCACCUGGAGUCGGUGGGUGCGCUGAGACACCCGAAUCUCGUGCCGCUAAGAGCAUAUUUUCAGGCGAAGGACGAGCGGCUGCUCGUCUACGAUUACCAGCCUAACGGCAGCGUCUUCUCCCUCGUUCACGGGAAAUCAACUAGGGCAAGGCCGCUGCACUGGACAUCCUGCUUGAAAAUAGCGGAGGACGUAGCGCAAGGCCUCUCCUACAUCCACCAAGCAUGGAAGCUCGUCCACGGCAAUCUCAAGUCCUCCAACGUCCUUCUUGGCUCCGACUUCGAAGCAUGUCUCACCGACUACUGCCUCUCCGUUCUCGCCACCCCUACCCCAACGUCCGAAGAGGCCGAUUCAACUGCGUACAAAGCCCCGGAGACUCGCACCAACUCGUCAAACGAUCACGAUCAUUAUCGACAACGGCGGCAACCAACUCCAAAGUCCGAUGUCUAUGCAUUCGGGGUUUUGUUGGUGGAGCUUCUCACGGGGAAGCCUCCAUCGAAACACUUAGUCUUAGCGCCGGAUGAUACGAUGGAAUGGGUGAGAUCUUUGAGGGAAGAUGACCAUGACGAUGGGCAUGAUAAGAUGGCAAUGCUGCUGGAGGUGGCGAUCGCUUGCAGUUCAACUUCGCCGGAGCAGAGACCAACCAUGUGGCAGGUGUUGAAGAUGUUACAGGAGAUUAAAAAGGAGACGAUAUCAUCCAUGGAGGAGGUUGAAAGUGAAUUGAGAUGAACACACAUGCUAGCUAGCUGGCUAGCAAACUAUUUGUAGAAAAGAAAUAGAUUUAUCACACAUGAUUAUGAUAUAUUAGUUAUUAAUGGUCACUUUUAUCUCUGCUACAUUAUUUGUGAUCUUUUUCCAUCCGUUCACGGUUGAUGAAUAGUGCUGGAGAAAUUGAUGGUCACUUUUAUCUCUGCUA